AUGAGACGCAAGACUCUAUGGUACAAGCUCUUCUGUUCCUCCCCUUGGAAGCGAACGUUGAGCUUCUUCAUAAUAUCAUACUUAGCUUUUUUCCAUGGGUUGAUUCCUCUAGGAGAGUGGUUGAUGCAAGUGGGAUCGUGGAUUAGUCCUGGGGGAAAUCAUGGUUCGAAUACCAACUGGUUACAGUACGACUCUACCCUGGAAAUAUCACCGCUACGCAACGAACAAUUGGAACGAUUGCAAGUAGAAUCAGAGCGAUCACGACUACAGUUUGGGUCACCACAGCGAAAUAGAUUAAGGCUCGACAUCUUGGAGGAAAUUGUCCCGAAAUGGUAUCACCGAAACGAUAAGGUUGAUUCUGCAUCCAGAAAUGAUGAAGCCGUGAAUGGCAAGGGGGAGAGCCCUACCGCUCCGAAAAAGGAGAAGGCGCGUAGUCAUCAAGAAAAGGAUGAAUUAAUUGAAAAGUCUUUACCAAAAGAAAGGGCAAGCAAACUGCAUAACAUUUCUCAAGACUAUUCCUCUAAAAGGAGUUCGAUGGAUCCCAACAAAAAGGAUGAGCGUAGAUUGCAGCAGGUCAAAAUGGCCAACGACUCCACAUAUCCAUUUCGCAAAUUGGACAAUAUGGAUAGCUACGCAGCAAAGUACACGAGCUGCAGCAGCGAGACAACCGUUGAGGUAAAGACUACCCUCGUAUUGCAAACCAGCAUCAGCCGAUUGUGGAUUUUAAAUGAGUCGUGCAGUCGAUGGAAAGAUCCAAUAAUCGCGGUUGUUUUUGUUCCUACUGACGAAAAAGUUCCAGAAGCUACGUUGCACUGCUCAAAUGUGCAGCUCAUUUUCUACGAGGCUACAGAAGAGGAAUCUGCAAAGAAAGCGUAUCCUGUCAAUCGGCUUCGCAAUAUCGGGCUGGAUGCUGUAACGACGAGCCAUGUUCUCGUGGUAGAUAUCGAUUUCUUGCCUUCACAAGACUUAGAUGGACGAAUUCGAGAAGUGCUCGAGAACCAAAUAGAGCUCCAAGAAGAUCGGCAAGCGUUGGUUGUGCCAGCCUUUGAACGCAUUCCGCCCAAGCCAUGUACAACAGAAGAAAGCUGCACGAAGUACUUGCAAUCUGAUGACUCAUUCUUACCACAUUCUUUUGAAGACCUACAAGGUUGUGUCAAGAGACGAGAGUGCCAACCAUUCCAAAGUAGCGUCAGCUGGGAUUCCCACUCGUCAACGCAGUCGAAGGAAUGGAUUCAACGAAGCUGGUACAAUGGAGAGGAACAAAACAUGCUUCGCUCAGUGGAAUGUUUCCACUCUGCACGAUAUGAGCCAUAUGUAGUCCUUCAGUGGUGUCCUACGUCGCCUUCCCCUGGAGAAAAGAGCGUUCCAAAAGCCCCAUAUUACGAUGAACGCUUCCAUGGAUAUGGGAAAAACAAGAUUGAAUUAGUGUCGCAUCUACGGAAAACAGGUUAUCGCUUUCUAAUUCUUCCUGAAGGAUUCAUUAUCCACAAUCCACAUCCUGAAUCCGCAAUCAAAGAGGAAUGGAUCGAUUUCGGAGGAUCGGACUUGCAUGCUUCCAUGGACAAGCUUUAUGCCAAGUUUACGGCACAGCUUGAUCACAAGUAUAAAGAGUUCCAUGACACCAUGACAAAGAUCUGCAAGCGGACACAGUGA